AUGAAGUCAAAACCAGGGAUUGUGGCCUGGAUCAGGUUCAACGAGCGACCGAUGACGAUUAGGAAGGAUAAUAGGAGAUCUAUUCCCGGCCGGGACCUGAGCCCCUCGGUCUCCUUCCUCGUGGUCCCCAGUGAAACACCGCACAAAGGAGAGCAGAGGAUGUAUGAAGCAAGGACGCAUGAAGCCGAACCCUUGACAGGGGACCACGAGGUACCCUUCACCCCUGAAACGGACCGCACGGGUCGAUCCCUUUUCCAAUUACACUUCCUAUUCUGGUGCGCGACCCGCGACGAGCCGCGUGCUCCACGCUCCACGCCAACGUCAGGCAAUUGGCCCCCCUCGACGUGGUGGUUUGAGGGGAUCGUCGUUAUCGGUAUCAUCAUGAAGCAGGAUAAGCCGGCUUAG